AUGGCAUCGAGAAAGACGUCUCCAGCUCCAAGUAUGUUAAACAUUAAACAUAUGUUUUUAUGUAGGCUAUAUUAAUGAUAAAUUUUACUUUGACACAAACUGGUUCCCGCUCUGUUAAUGGCAUGCUGGAUAGGCAGAUAGCAGAGUACAAUUAUUCUCUCAGAAUAGCUCUUCAUAACAGGUCGAACAGGCUGGAUAAACAAAAUGAGAGCCCAUACCCUAGUCCUUGUCAAGAAUAUUCCUGUACACAGUUUGUACCUAUUUUUAUAUAUUUUUGAGAGUGGGGGCAGUGGCCCUCCCCCCCCCUGGCAGUGCCAGAACUUUGUAAGAACUGAAAAAUUGGUUUUGAAGAAAAUUAGUGGGUGGGCCCAUCCAGAUCCCACAACCCUCACCCCAAUACCACAAAAUCUCCAUUUUGUGAAAUAUCAUUCUUUUCUAUAGAAGCUGAAGUUUCAUCUCGAUCCAAUUCUCCAAUGCCUUCAGUGAGCAGCGAGCAAGCGUUUCUCGAGACAUAUUUUCUUGUGCUUAGUCAGUUUGGAUUUGAUAAAGCCAAAGAAUUGGCUGUAAGUGAAAAUCUGUUGCUUGCUGUAUGUUGGGGUCGCUUAGUGUUACACUGGGUUAAACCAUGUUACAUAUAAGUGUGACGUAGUGUUACAUGGUGUUACAUACUGUUGUUGCCAAUGUUACAUGUGUUUCAGUUCCCUUGAGGCUUGAACAUUUCUCACAAAUCCUAGAAUUUACCAAUGCAAAAUUCCUACUGUGAUCACAGAAACUUUGAUAGUGCAACUUUUCUAUGAAGCCUUAUUAGGUUCAUAAUUCAAAUAGAAAUUAUGUUGUGCUAAUUACACUCAAUAUACAGUAUGUUUCUUUUAUUCGAAUAACACAAUUUGAAUUCGAAUUACAUAGUUUGAAAACAAAUGCCAGAAUUCCUUUUUCAAAAGCCAGAACUCCGUUUUCAAAUGCCAAAACCUUGUUUUCAAAUGCCAGAACUCCCUUUUCAAAUGCCAAAACUGAGUUUUCAAAUGCCAGAACUACCAUUUCAAAAGCCAGAGCUCCCUUUUCAAAUGCCAAAACUCUGUUUUCAGAUGUUUGAACUACCUUUUCAAAAGCCAGAACUCCGUUUUCAAAUGCCAAAACUCUGUUUUCAAAUGCCAGAACUCCCUUUUCAAAAGCCAGAACUCCAUUUUCAAAUGCCAGAACUCUGUUUUCAAAUGCCAGAAGUCCAGAACUCCGUUUUCUAAUGCUAAAACUCCUUUUUGAAAUGCCAGAACUCUUUUUUUAAAUGCCAAAACUCAGUUUUCAAAUGCCAGAACUACCUUUUCAAAAGCCAGAGCUCCCUUUUCAAAUGCCAAAACUCAAUUUUUAAAUGCCAAAACUCAAUUUUUACAGCCAGAACACCCUUUUAGUAUUAGAGUAAAAUUGUCUGGUGUUUGACAGAGUAAAAUAAUAAAGUAGGGUGCAUUUACAAUGCCACUUAAAGGGAUAAUAUAUAUUUAUAUCCGGGUAGUUCUACCAUGCCUAGUAAUAGUAUGUAUUUUCUGGUAUUUCCUUGAUCAGGAAAAAGAGAGCAACUCAAAAAAAGGUUAUCUUGCUGUUAUCUCCCCAUGGUUUAUGUUGAUCAGCAGUCUGAGUGUUCUUGCUGAGGCCGAGAAGACAUAUUCGUCUUUCUCGUUUGUGGUGAAGAAACGAUUUAGAAAAGAUGUAAGGAGUGAAGAAAUAAAUAAGUAAUAAUAUCUAGAGUGUACCCGAGUAUGGGGUUUAUCGAGACUUUGCAAACAUUGUUGCAGAAACGUUUUUUCCUAGCCAUGUUUGUUGUGACUGGAUAGCAAAACAAUGACAAGACAAUGGAACAUUUUGAUCACUGGAUCAUGACUGGAUGGCAUGGAGAACAGUAGGUUUUUCAAAACAAUGAAAAGACAAUGAAACAUUCCGAUCACUGGAUCAUGACUGGAUGACAUGGAGAACAGUGGAAUUCUCAAAACAAUGAAAAGACAAUGAAACAUUCUGAUCACUAGAUCAUGACUGGAUGACAUAGAGAACAGUGGGAUUCUCAAAACAAUGACAAGACAAUGAAACAUUCUGAUCACUGGAUCAUGGCUGGAUGGCAUGGAGAACAGUAGGAUUUUCAAAACAAUGAAGAGACAAAGGAACGUUCCGAUCACUGAAACAGGAUUGUAUGGCAUAUUGUUAAUAUGCAAAUGUGCAAAGAACCGUCUAUCUAUUGUUUUUUAACUCUUUAUCGUGUUCUUAUUUUCUGUAUUUCAGUCCUUGAUUUCAUAUUAUCAUACAGUCGAAAGAGAGUUGGAAAAAUUAUGCGAAGUUUGUUCCGGCAGACAAAGCCAAGCAGCGGCUUUAAUGCCCGAAGUUAUAAGUUAUGGCCUGCUGGCAGAACUAUGUCGUCAUCUUAACCAGUUUGUACAGGCUAGACAAGAAUGCAUGAAACUGUAUCCUUAGUUGAUGUUCAGCAACUGGCCCCUGUAGCUCAGUUGCACCGGAAUCGCCGAGCCGCAGGUUCUUGCCAGAGGGUCGGUCCGAAAAAAAUCCAUCUACUGUUAGUCGCGUUGAACGAGAUGCCCAAAAAAUCUCGAUAUUUAACCAUUAAUACAACAAUAAAAAUAACGACAACAACAACAGCAGCAGCAGCAACAACAACAACAACAACAGCAGCAGCGACAGCAGCAGUAACAACAACAACCAACAGCAGCAAAAACAACAACAACAACAGCAACAACAACAACAGCAACAGCAACAACAACAACAACAACAACAACAACAGCAACAACAACAACAGCAGCAACAACAACAACAACAACAACAGCAGCAGCAACAACAACAACAGCAGCAACAACAACAACAACAGCAACAACAACAACAACAACAGCAGCAGCAACAACAACAACAACAGCAGGAGCAGCAACAACAACAACCAACAGCAGCAAAAACAACAACAGCAACAACAACAACAACAGCAGCAACAACAACAACAACAACAACAACAAAUUUUAUUUACCUACAUAUAUUGACAAUAAAAUUUUGGCAUGAAAGAAUAUUUAAAAGUGUAGAGGUACCGGCUUCCUAAUAACGUAAUUUAUUAGAAUGAUGUUAUCCUUAAGUCAUGCACAGCUAUGAAAACCUUGCUGCCACUGGGCUGAACGUAAACAUAUCUAAUGUUUCGGGUAUAAAUUACGCGGAGAUGGCGAAAUCUGUAGAAACAUUACGAAAUAAGUAUGGACAUUUUAACUGAAACCACGCUUCGAUGCUUGUAUUCUACAAGCACACUCACGCUCAAAGAAUGGAGGUUCAAUCUGAGCUUCUCUUGAGUGCCAUUGCUGUGUUUGAAUAGCUGGAGGGUUAGUGUCGUACCUCACUAUGCAACUAAUCACCCUCCAGCUAUUUAAAAACAGCAUUGACAUUCAAGGAAAGCUCAGAUUGAACCUCCACUCAUUGAGUGUGGUGAGCUUUUAGAAUACAGGCGUUAGACUGUCAGUGUCGUUCCUUACUAUGUGACUACUCACCCUCCAGCUAUUCAAAAACAGCACUGACAGUCAAGAGAAGCUCAGAUUGAACCUCCACUCUUUGAGUAUGAGUGAACUUUUAGAAUACAGGCGUUAGACUGUCAGUGUCGUUCCUUACUAUGUGACUAAUCACCCUCCAGCUAUUCAAAAACAGCAUUGACACUCGAGGGAAGCUCAGAUUGAACCUCCACUCUUUGAGUGUGAGUGAACUUUUAGAAUACAGGCGUUAGACUGUCAGUGUCAUUCCUUACUAUGUGACUGCUCACCCUCCAGCUAUUCAAAAACAGCACUGACACUCAAGGGAAGCUCAGAUUGAACCUCCACUCUUUAAGUGUGAGUGAGCUUUUAGAAUACAGGCGUUAGACUGUCAGUGUCAUACCUUACUAUGUGACUAUACUUACCCUCCAGCUAUUCAAAAACAGCAUUGACACUCAAGGGAAGCUCAGGUUGAACCUCCACUCUUUAAGUAUGAGUGAACUUUUAGAAUACAGGCGUUAGACUGUCAGUGUCAUUCCUUACUAUGUGACUGCUCACCCUCCAGCUAUUCAAAAACAGCAUUGACACUCAAGGGAAGCUCAGAUUGAACCUCCACUCUUUAAGUGUGAGUGAACUUUUAGAAUACAGGCGUUAGACUGUCAGUGUCAUACCUUACCAUGUGACUGCUCACCCUCCAGCUAUUCAAAAACAGCAUUGACACUCAAGAGAAGCUCAGAUUGAACCUCCACUCUUUAAGUAUGAGUGAACUUUUAGAAUACAGGCGUUAGACUGUCAGUGUCGUACCUUACUAUGUGACUAUACUUACCCUCCAGCUAUUCAAAAACAGCAUUGACACUCAAGAGAAGCUCAGAUUGAACCUCCACUCAUUGAGUAUGAGUGAACUUUUAGAAUACAGGCGUUAGACUGUCAGUGUCGUACCUUACUAUGUGACUGCUCACCCUCCAGCUAUUCAAAAACAGCAGUGACACUCAAGGAAUUAGAAAGCUCAGAUCGAACCUCCACUCAUUGAGUGUGGUGAGCUUUUACUACAGGCGUUAGUGUCGUUCCUUACUAUGUGACUGCUCACCCUCCAGCUAUUCAAGAACAGCACUGACACUGGAGGAAAGGUCAGAUUGAACCUCAGUCGACUCUUUGAGUGUGAGUGAGCUUUCAGAAUACAGGCGUUAAAGUUAAUGUUGUACUAUAGACGUUUUAAAGGCCGAAUUAUACCACACAACUUUUGCCUAAAACUGUCGCAUGCAACCAGCUUACAACUUGAGUUGUAUUGUGUACACGGGUAAAAAUGGAGAAAAUCAACAACUUGUUCCAGGUUGAUAUCAACAGGCAUGAACAAGGUUGUGGCGUUGUGCGGCCCACUAUGAACAGUAUUGUCAACAUGUUACAGCAUUGUUCAACUGUAACAACUUGGAACAACAUGGUUGACAACUUGUUCAUAGUUGGCUGCACAACAUUGUUCACGCCUGUCAAUAUCAACUUGGAACAACCUGUGCGUUUUUAGCCGUGUAAAUCAAGCACACGACUCGCAAAGACAACGUAGGUGAGUCGUGUGCUUGAUUUACACAAUGCAACUCAAGUUGUAAACAGGUUGCAUGCGACAAUUUUAGGCAAAAGUUUUGAAGUGUAAAUCGACCUUAAAACAAUUUUUUCCUAUUUUGUAGAAAUUCCAAGUUGUUUCACCAUCCAAUUUUGGACCCAAUUAAAUCUUCAUUCAGGUAUGAGAUAGACGUAACCAUAGACCUUGUUUAUACCAUUUGCAAACUAGUUCACUCAUACAGUAUGAGUAUGUAAUUGUAAUACUUGGUUUUCAUUAUAUGUGGUAGUCUUGUAUUUGUGGCAAAUAAACAGAAUUGAGAGAUGUGGUUUAAUGUUCUUACUUCUAUAAGUGUCGACAUCAGUGGCCAUUGCCACUCAGGAAAAUAUUCCGCAGAAAGAAAAUUUUCUAAAAUUUCAUUGGGCAAAUGGAGAAAUUUUCCGUCGGAAAAAAUUUCGAAGUUGAAAAUUUUUCAACUUAACAAAGGCCCAUCUCUGAAGUUGCCCAUCAUCUGCUGUCCUGGAACGCUUGCUGGCAACCAUCAAAUAUGUGUACGCAAUGUGUUUUAGUGUUGAAAUGGACUUGCUCCUUCACAUAUUGCAAGCUCAGUGUGAUUUGGCAGAUUGGAAGUUUCUUCCCUCGUUAUUACAUCUUCACGAAAGCAAAGGCAAACUUUUCUCCUGGAAUAAAGUGUUACCCGCAUCUUCUGUCAAAGACGUAAGCUGCUUUAUGUUAAAUGAAACUUCAUGUUAACUUUUACGCGUCUUGGGAGAAAGAAUAGUUUAGAACUGAUACAGCUAUCCAGUAUAAAUAAAGUUAGUUUAGUUUAGGUUUCCUUCUGUAGUAUAACACUGGAUCAAUAAGAGAUGAUCCUUACUGGACCUCUAGGAAGAACAGUUUAGAACUGAUAGAGCUAUCCAGUAUAAAUAAAGUUAGUUUAGUUUAGGUUUCCUUCUGUAGUAUAACACUGGAUCAAUAAGAGAUGAUCCUUACUGGACCUCUAGGAAGAACAGUUUAGAACUGAUAGAGCUAUCCAGUAUAAAUAAAGUUAGUUUAGUUUAGGUUUCCUUCUGUAGUAUAACACUGGAUCAAUAAGAGAUGAUCCUUACUGGACCUCUAGGAAGAACAGUUCAGAACUGAUACAACUAUCUAGUAUAAAUAAAGUUAGUUUAGUUUAGGUUUCUUCCUGUAGUAACAUUGGAUCAAUAAGAGAUGAUUCUUACUGGACCUCUAGGAAGAAGACAGUUUAGAACUGAUAGAGCUAUCCAGUUUAAAUAAAUUUCGUUGUUUUUUUUCUUCAGUCAAUUACAGGUUCUCUGACUGUAAAGAAAAGAUUUGGCGGCGGAUCCAGAAAACAAAUUGAAGUACCACUGCUGUUCCAGUGGCUGGCAAAAUUUCAUGCCACACUCGUCUCCAAGUUUUCGUUGUAUUUUCACGCAACACUCAGCGAACAAUCAACUCAGUCAGACAUGAAGAAUCUUACAGCCAAGGCGAACAUCGAUUAUGUCAACAAGUAGGUUUGGGCAACAACUAUUACAAUAGCAAUAGCAAUACCAUCACCAUCAAUGACAGCAUAGAACCACAACGACACCAACAACACCAAUAACAACAACAACAACAACAGUAACAACAACAACAACAACAACAACAACAACAGUAACAACAACAACAACACUGCAAUAGAGACAAUAACAAUAACAACAACAACAACAACAACAACACAGCAAUAGAGACAAUAACAAUAACAACAACAACAACAACAACACUGCAAUAGAGACAAUAACAACAACAACAACAACAACAACAACACUGCAAUAGAGACAAUAACAACAACAACAACAACAACACUGCAAUAGAGACAAUAACAAUAACAACAACAACAACAACACUGCAAUAGCGACAAGAACAACAACAGUGAUAUCGACGACGACGACGACGACGACAACAACAACAACAGCAACAACAACAACAACAACAACAACAACAACAACAACAACAACAACAACAACAACAACAACAACAACAACAACACUGCAAUAGAGACAAUAACAAUAACAACAACAACAACAACACUGCAAUAGAGACAAUAACAAUAACAACAACAACAACACUGCAAUAGAGACAAUAACAAUAACAACAACAACAACAGCACUGCAAUAGCGACAAGAACAACAACAGUGAUAUCGACGACGACGACAACAACAACAGCAGCAACAACAACGACGACGACGACGACCACGACGACAACCAUAACCAACAACAACAGCAGAGACAACAAAAACAACAAUAACAUUAACAUUAACAGCACAAACAACAACAACCAUCUCCACUAUCGAGAACAACAAUAAUUACACUAUUUAUUCUUUCUUCAGGAUUGCGACGUUUCACAAACGUGCCGACUCUUCUUAUAUUUGUCUGAUGUUGGAUACACGUGGUCUGGCCGAGUCAUACAAAGGGCCUGGGUACCAUCUUCCUCAUGUCAAGAUCGAUAUGCCUACUGGGAUACAUUCAUACCCUGCUAUAUUCAGCUACCCGAGUGUAAGUUGAUGUGAUGACAAUGAAAACAUUCUGUUCACUGGAUCAUGACUGGAUGGCAUGAAGUGGGAUUUUCAAAACAAUGAAAAGACAAUGGAACUGGAUGGCAUGGAGAUUUUCAAAUCAAAUCUAUUUUUAUGCUAAGUGUUAUAUCAGAACCCAUUCCAAUAAUAUUUUAUGUUACUGUUUAGGAAUGCCCCAACAAACACUGGCCAUCGAUGGUUUCACUGAUUCAAGAUCGAGAAGAUUGUUUAGGCCAAGAAAAAAUUGUAUAUUUCUUUGACGACAGAGCUCAGACAACGUAUUUCCUCGCGAAAGCUGACAUACGGAUCACAUUGGUCGCUAUAUUCAAAGGAAAGAAAAACGAGCGGGAUUCUUAUGUCGUUAAUUUUUUUCAAGGCAGGUUCUUGACUUUUUUGAAUUAUUCUAACAAAGUAUUCUAACGAUAUAAUGUGAAACGAGUCUAUUCCAAAAUUAUGUUGGUGGUGUUGUUGUUGUUGUUGUUGCUGCUGUUGUUGUUGUCGUUGUUGUUGCUGCUGCUGCUGUCGUUGUUGUUGUCGUUGUCGUUGUUGUUGCUGCUGCUGCUGCUGCUGUUGUUGUUGUUGUUGUUGUUGUUGUUGUUGUUGUUGUUGUUGUUGUUGUUGUCGUCGUUGUUGCUGCUGGUGUUGUUGUUGUUGUUGUUGUUGUUGUUGUUGUUGUUGUUGUUGUUGUUGGUGUUGUUGCUGCUGCUGUUGUUGUUGUUGUUGUUGUUGCUGCUGCGGCUGCUGCUGUUGUUGUUGUUGUUGUUGUUGUUGUUGUUGUCGUCGUUGUCGCUGCUGGUGUUGUUGUUGUUGUUGCUGUUGUUGUUGUUGCUGCUGCUGCUGUUGUUGUUGUUGUUGUUGUCGUCGCUGUUGUUGUUGUCGCUGUUGUUGUCGCUGUUGUCGCUGUUGUUGUUGUUGUUGUUGUUGUUGUUGUCGUCGUCGCUGUUGUCGUUGUUGGUGUUGUUGUUGCUGCUGAUGUUUUUCUUGUUCUUGUUGUCGUCGCUGUUGUUGUUGCUGUUGUUGUUGUUCGUUACUAG